CCUAGAGCUUAGGUAGGUGCGUACCAGGUAGCAGCGUAGGUACUGUAGGUAAUUAGCUGCAAGUCGCAAUCGCAUUUCAAGGUUUCGGUACUACUUGGGUAGGUAGCUACGAUGGGAAUUCUAAAUUCUAAAUAAUCUAAAUAUAACCGACGCAACGUCAUCCCGUUCUUCUUCCAUUCCAAUCCAAGCCAACCUCCCUUCUUGCCAUCAUUUAGACUUGCCUUGCCUUGCCUGGCGGCUAUCCCAAAAUGGACUUUGCUCCAUAUCAAUCCUCCCCGCCCGAGAACAAUAGACCUUUCUCUCCUCCUCGAUCGAACGUGGCAUCACCGCGCGCCUCCCUAGACAACCGACGACCGUAUUCUCCUUCGAACCAGCAACAGAGAGGCUUCGCGUCUCCGCCACCGCUACAACAUCCCCAGCCUCAGCGAACUUGGCAACCUACACUUCCCGGAGCUGCGGCAGGUGGUUAUGUCCCGGAGGGUGGAGCAUACGUGAGCGAGUUCGACACGAGCCUAGGAAUACGGUUAGAUUAUGAGGCCUGUUUGGCAUAUCUAGCACUACCACCCUUAGGCGCUAUCAUACUCUUGAUUCUAGAGCGGAAGAGCGAUUUCGUGAGAUUCCACGCGUGGCAGUCUAGUCUCUUAUUCACCGUCAUCUUCAUCGUACAUCUGAUCUUCUCAUGGUCAACAUUCCUCAGCUGGGUCAUAUUUAUUGCCGAUUUGGGAUUGAUGGGUUGGUUGGCUUUGCGUGCGUAUAGGGAUGCGGAUACCCUAGAUAGAUUCGAAGUACCUCUUUUCGGUCACAUUGCAAGUCGAAUACUAGAUGACGAGUAAAGCCCACCGGUGGCCUGGUUUUAUAUCCAUCUUAGAGGAUUCGGGCUGAGUCUGCAUUUCGCUGUAUCAUAUCGGCUACCGCUAUUGUUGUACAUAUACCCAAGUUGGUUUCUGUGUUGACAUCAACUAAUGUCAUUUGUUGACGCCUGAAUUCCAUGGAGCAUUAAAUGCUAUGGUUCUAUAGUUAUUAUAGCUGUAAGCUUUAAUAAAAUGGCAGUCGUGCAGACCGUUUAUGGUCAUUGAAAAGAAAUACCUU